GUUUGACAGAUGGAUGACGUUCUCUCUCUUUUUCCGGCAUCGUGUAUGCUAGUAGACACAUUUCAUUGAAGCUAGAUCGCAAUGGCCGAUACAGCUAAGAAACCAGCAGCCAAGAAGGGUGGCGAUAAGGCUGCCAAAGGAGCAAAAGCAGCUCCCAUCGCGGUUAAGGGCGUCAAGAAGUCGCAAACCAAGGAAGCUAUUUUGGCCCGUACCCAUAAACCGAAAGGACAGCGCACUGCCAAGGCUGCCCUGCCGUACCAGAAGAAAAGUUUUGGACGUCUGUGGGCUAAGGCUGUCUUCACCGGAUACAAGCGAGGUCUGCGCAAUCAGCAUGAGAACCAUGCUAUCCUAAAGGUAGAAGGAUGUCGCAAUCGCAAGAACGCUCUGUUCUACAUCGGCAAGCGAUGUGUGUAUGUGUACCGAGGAAAGGCGAAACGUAACGCACCUGGAGCCGCUGAAAAGAAGUCUAACAUUCGCGCUAUCUGGGGCAAAAUUACCCGUUCGCAUGGUAACAGUGGCAGUGUGAGAGCCCGUUUCAAGACUAACCUGCCCGGACACGCUAUGGGACAUCGCAUUCGUAUUAUGCUGUACCCAUCCAGGAUCUAGGUAAACUGAACUUACUGUGUAAAUUUAAAACGAACCACAAUAAACAAAAGAGGGUAUUCCUACAAAAAGUUACAUAGAA